UUCCACAAAUCUAGUCUAUUUUAUUGAGGUGGCGCGCGACAGGCUCGGUGUACGUGACCGACGCGGAUAAGAAGGAGCCGGACGCGAUAAAGGAGACGGUCCAGAUUCUCAUGGGCUGCGCCGACACGAGCAAGGGCAAGGUCAACGGCCUCACCACCCUCGCCGACGGCACCGGUGUGUGCAUCGGCGGCAACGACGGCCAAAACUCCCCGCCAGUUGCUUCGACGAUGCAGACUUCCAGCCUCCUAGGCGCCGCUCCGUCGAGCCGAUAUUCUCAAACAGCACCCUCGAGAAGCGUCAGUUCGCCGACAUCGCUGGCAGCGUCGCCGAGCUGCUCGACGCGAUCCUCGGCCAGGGCGGGAGCGACAACACGAAGCGCGCGAACGGCGUGCGUAACGUCGUCGACGGCAUGGCGAAAAAAUACGGGCCCAUCAACGUCGUCGCGUGCCACACGGACCACGAGGCGAAGUUCGACGGCGUGCAGGGCACCGGACUGGGUGCACCAGCACUUCGAGAUCGAGAUCGAGGUCGGUGGGACCAUCGGGUACGAACUGUACCUCGGCAACACUGUCACCUUCAGGCGUAAUGGUGACGGUGGCGACAUCAACUGGGGCUGGUGAGUGCCCGCAGCAGCCUUUCGCUGCGAUCGCGAUCGAUUGACAGUCCGCGUUUCGUAGGAAUGCCGCGCUGGCAAAGCCUGCUGAGCAGGACGGCUCUUUCCUGACUUUCGCAAACCGGAAGUG